AUGGAGUCUGAAGAUGCACAACGGACCGAGCAGUCGCGAUUUUCUGACCCUUCUGAGAAUGUGUCAAAUUCCUCGUUCAGCAGAGCAUCAACAGAGCAGCUACAGUCUGAGGAAGUACCGUCGGUGAAAGUUGCGAUCCCGCGACUCGCUCCUGCGAGAACCACCGGCCACCGGCGCAUCAGGACGGCAUGUGCGGCAUGCAGGGAGCAAAAAGCCAAGUGUAGUGAGCAUCGGCCAUGUCUUCGCUGUGUCAGCUUUGGCAUCACUUGCACGUCGCUGGAAAGUAAACGCGAGAGUAGGGAAAGGCAAAUCGAAGAACUUGAACAGCAGGUUGCUCUUUACGAAGAAUUACUGCAGCACCUACGAUCCAGAGUCGAUGUUCAAGAUGCGGAGCUUAUUACAAGGACAUUGCAUGGAAGGAGCUCGAUCGCUGGGCCCCCAUCCCCAGAUCCAGUCAGCGCGACGCAUCCCACCCCUACUCAUCCUUCUUUUGCCGUGGACUAUGUGGAGGAGGACUACCAUCGGAAUCAGCAACUACACGCGUUCGGCUAUCUAGGGUCGCAUUCCGAAAUUUCAUGGAUACGUGAUUUGAGGAAGGAAAUAGACAGGGCCACUCCUUUGGCGGAGGCCAAGGCUGCUUCACCUGGCAACGGUUCCAAGGCAUUGACCUCGGUAAGUUAUUUUCUGGAUGAUCAGAAUCUGUUAGUCGAUCAUAGUAUUGCCCCCUAUGAUCGUCCUUCGCGUACUAUUGGAGAUAGACUUAUACACCUCUAUUUUGACGCGGUUCAUCCCUCUUUUCCCAUUGUCGGUAGGAUUCCAUUUAUGCAGCAGUAUGCAUUAUAUUAUUCCCGGCCAAAUAUGCGACCACCAGAAAGGUGGCUUGCGAUUCUGAACUUAAUCUUUGCUCUGGGCGCCAAACUCCAACGUCUUCUUUCGGAGCCGUUGAUGGAAGGUACCGAUGGGCCCUUGGAGUAUUUUUCGCGGGCUCAGAAGCUCAAUUUUACGAAUGGCCAGAUUUUUGAUCAUCCCAACCUGCAGCAGGUGCAGGCCGAAGGCUUGAGCGCGUUUUGGCUCAUGUCAAUGGGGCACGUCAAUAGGGCAUGGAGAACCUGUGGUGUCUCCAUGAGGUCCGCCAUCGCUCUGGGGAUUAAUCUCCGCAGCGAGAGCAAGGACACGCCGAAUUUCUCUAAAGAGCUCCGAUAUCGAGUUUGGUGGUCCAUAUACACGCUGGAGAACACGCUCUCUAUCAUGACUGGCCGUCCCACGAGUGCUGCAGAUACAUUCUGCACCACACCUCUCCCUAUUCCUUACGAAGAGGACCAGUUUCAUGGACCUAUCGCGUCCCAACUUCUCUCGGACUACAGUGUCCGAUAUGGCUAUAUGCAAGCCUUCUCCUCGCGAAGGCACAAACACCCCCCUUCCCAAGUUUCAACUAAACCUGCACCGUCAGUAGGACACUACCUGGCUUCGACCAUCAACGAGGCCGCUCCUAGUAAUUCUCUUUACUUUUUGUAUUUCAUUGACAUAACGAUGAUCAUGCGGCGAGCAAUUGACGUGCUGUAUGCACCAGGCGGGUCUAGAGAACCCUGGCCGGAAGUCGGCGCCGCCAUAGUGGACCUGGUAAGAGACGCAGACGCGUGGAGUAACAGUCUUCCAGAUGCAUUCCAGUUUAGGCCGAUGCAGAGGUCGAAGCCAUUUGAACGGCAGCGAUGGAGCCUUGCCUUUCGCUUCUAUAGCACCAAAAUCACUAUUUCCCGCCCUUCUCUUUGCCGCACCGAUCGGCUUCGCCCCGGUCAGGUCCACAACCCCCCACUGGACCAACGGAAGAAUGCAAAGAUAUGUGUUGACUCCGCCUGCGAUAUCCUGGACCUAUUACCGGACACGCCGGAUGUGCUCUGGCUGGUCCAGUUAUCGCCCUGGUGGUGUAUCAUCCAUUAUCUGAUGCAGUCCGCGACUAUCUUACUGAUCGAGCUUGAUUUCUGCGUCAAGUUCGAUGUUGAAGAGGCUGCCAAAAUCACUCUGAUGGUAGAGAAAGCUAUGGGGUGGCUUCUGGCAAUGGCUGCAGAUGACCUCGCUGCUCAACGAGCAUGGGAGGUCUGCCACAGCCUCUACUGCUGCAUUUCGCUAACGCCUGCCGACAGCAUGAAUGUAACGCCUUCCCUCUCUACUUCGCCGGAACCACCGCGGAGCAAUAUCCUACGAGCAAUGCGAGAUGGUCUGCAACUUCCGCAAUCGAAUGUCUCUCUGUCGCAGAAUACAGUGGUUCAUCCCACGCUGCAAACGAUGUAUGAUCAGUUUGUGCCUCGUGAAUCUAGUGGAGCUAUGUUUGAUAAGCCUGGCAAUACCAAUGAUCAGUAG